AUGGCGGAGACCUUAAGGUACCCCUCCGCGUGGUGCGCGCCCGCGGGGUACAUCCCGCGCAGGGGCGGAGGGGGGCCCGGCGCUGCGGUGGGGGGAGGCGGAGAGACGGAUUGGGCGGGGGGUGGAGCGGAGGGAGGGGAGGGGGCGGGAGAGGGAGAAGGAGAGGUGGUGGGGGAGGAGGAGGAGGAGGAGGAGGAGGAGGAGGAGGAGGAGGAGGAGGAGGAGGAGGAGGAGGAGGAGGAGGAGGAGGAGGAGGAGGAGGAGGAGGAGGAGGAGGAGAAGAAGGAGGAGGGAGGGGGUGGUGGUUGUUUCCAGGCUACAAUGGCGGCACGUCCUCGUCGCUUGCCAUGCCACGUCGCACGCCUCGUCGCAUGCGUCGCGAACGACAGUCCAAUCCCGCGCUCGCCCCAACUCCUGAUGCCCCGACGCGCAUCCUCCCCGUACGCAGCCAUGCUUCUCGCGACGCUUAUUGCCGCCCAGGGACCAUGCGAUGGGAUUGCUGGGGAGGGGGCAAACGAAACGGAUGUUCUAUUCAAGGGCGAAUCAGAUGUGACGGCGACUGUGGCGGCAGAUAUUGACAAUGAGGGGGCAGAAGAUGGCGGGAUUCCGCAAACUGCGCAGCCCAAGGCGCAGCAGGGUGCGCAGCACAGCGGUCACAAGGGCAAGUGGACGGAGCAAGAAGUUUUGAGCGUGCUCCGCGAGGCCUCCGCGGGCAGUGGCCCCGCGCCAGCCGCCGCGCCGCACAGCGCGAGCUUCGGCGCAGCAGCAGCAGCAGCGGCCUUCCGCGAGGCGGGCGCAGGGGCGGCAGGCGCGGGCGGCAGCAGCAAGCCAGGCAACCCGGGCGGGACGGCAGUGGGCGGCGACGACGGCCCGACGCGCGUGCAGCGGUUUCUGAUGCGGCUGGCGGUGGCGCUACACGCGUACGGCAGUUCUGCCGCCCGCACGGAGUUCCUGAUCGAGCGUGCCGGGCGGCGACUGGGCGUGGACGUGAGUGUGGCGGUGCUGCCAGAUUUGAUUCUGCUCGCCUUCAACCGCGUGGUCGGGGACGAUACUGCUGGGCAGCGCACGCACAUGCUGUCAGUGUCCCCGGACAUGGACCUGGACAAGCUAGGCCGAGUGGACGAGUUGGCGCGCAAUGUGGGGUUGAGGGAAGCGCACAACCUCAUGGCGGCCUACUGGCAGCUCAGAGCCAUCGCCAACGCGCCCCCCACCUUCUCCCCGCCCAUGCAUCUCCUCGCCAUGGCUCUCAUGUCCGCCAGCGCUGCUGUGCUCUUCUUCGGUGGCAACAUGUGGGACGGGCUGGUGGCGGGCGUGCUGGGCUUCCUGGGAGGAGCCAUGGAGUUCUGGGCCAUCUCCAACUCGCAGGCGGUAACGUCCAUCCUCGAGUUCCUCGUGUCAGUGCUCGCAGCCUUCACGGCCCAUCUCCUCGCUGCCUCGCUGCUCAGUGGUCGCAUCUGCAUCUUCGCCACUCUCUUCGGCGCCCUCGUCUGGUUCCUCCCAGGAGUGACGCUGACCUUUGGCGUGAACGAGCUAGUCGCCCGAACACAAGUGACGGGCACGGCACGAGUGGCAGCAGCCAUAUUCACGUCGCUACAGAUCGGCUUUGGCAUCUCUGUGGGCAUGGGGCUCUGCUUCUGGACCGCCUCCCCCACCGCUCUGCAGGACUGCCCGCCUUCGCACCUGCCCCUCUGGACCAACAUUUUCUGGUUCGCCAUGUACGUGGUGGCGAGCAACAUUCGGUGCAAUGCGCGGCUGGACCAGUGGGACGGCAUGACGCUCGUGGCCCUCGUGGGCUACGUGGUAUCAGAGCUGGCCUACCGCACCAUCGGCAACGACACUGCCUCCGUCGUCGCUGCCUUUGCUGUCAGCACGCACCUCUUCUCACACUACGCCCAGGAGUUCCCUCUCGCGAUGAAGAUCUCGGGAAUCCAGCUGCUCGUGCCGGGCGGCAUAGGAGUGCGUGGCGUGGCGGCCAUCCUCAACCAGGAUGUCAUGUCCGGCAUCGGUGUCGCUCACUCCACUCUCACACCUCUCCUCUCCCCGCCCUCCCAUGCCCUCCCAUGCCCUCCCAUGCCCUCCCAUGCCCUCCCCACCUUUCCCCCCCUCCCCCUUCCCCCCCCACCAGGCACCCUCCUAUCACACUUCGCCCAGGAGUUCCCCCUCGCAAUGAAGAUCUCGGGGAUCCAGCUGCUCGUGCCGGGCGGCAUAGGAGUGCGCGGGGUGGCGGCAAUCCUCAACCAGGACGUGAUGUCCGGCAUUGGGUUCGUCUUUGAGAUGCUCACUGUCGGCCUCGCCAUCACCAUCGGGCUCAUUCUCGCGAACCUCGUGCUGCCCGAGUCCAUGUUUGCGCACGGCAGCCGCCCGCAUCAUAAUAAGAGGAGGCUUGCGGCGGAUUUACGGGCAGAUUCCAUGGCGAAUGUUGGGAUUGGGGGUCGGUUGGAUGGGGCGACGGGGAGGGAUGAGGUGGUGGGGAGAGGGUUUGGUGCGAACUCUGAUGGGGGUGGGGUUGGUGGCGGCGCUAGGGGAGUGUUGGCUGGAGUGUUGGGGCUGGCUGGGUUGAGGAACCGGGGGAAUGGGGAGGAUAGAUUAGCUUCUGCGUUUCUGCCCCAAGUGAAAGAAGAGGAGGAUUCGGUAGCAUUUUAG